AUGGUGGCAAUGGCACUGCGACAGACAGCGCGCACGCUCGUAGCUCGCGGCGGCAUGCGCAUGGCCUCGCACAUGCGUGCGAUUUCGACGAGCUCUGUGGUGCGCUCGGAUGCCCUGUUUGUGCAUCGCGACACGCCCUACAACAAUGCUGCGAUUCCGUUUUCGUUCACGGGCGAGUUUGUGCCGGAGGCGCAGGCCAUCAUAAAGCAGUACCCGCCGCAGUACAAGAAGGCGGCUGUGAUCCCACUGCUGCACCUGGCGCAGAAGCAGAACGACAACUGGCUCAGCAUCAGUGCGAUGAACCAUGUGGCGGAGGUGCUCGAGAUGCCGCCGAUGCGUGUCUACGAGGUGGCCACGUUCUACACCAUGUUCAACCGCACACCCGUCGGCAAGUACUUUGUGCAGGUGUGCACGACGACGCCAUGCAUGCUGGGUGGCUGCGGCUCGACGGCCGUGCUGGAAGCUAUUGAGAAGCACCUCGGCAUCAAGGCCGGCCACACGACGCCCGACAAGCUGUUUACCGUGAUUGAAGUCGAGUGCCUCGGUGCGUGUGCCAACGCCCCGAUGGUGCAGAUCAACGACGAGUACUACGAGGACCUCACGCCCGCCUCUGUCGUAGCCGUGCUCGAAGGCUUGGCACGCGGCGAGCCCGUCAAGCCCGGCCCGCAGAACGGCCGCUUGAACUCUGCGCCCGAUACGGAACAGAGGACGCUCAAGGAAAAGCCCUACGGACCCGGCCAGUACUGUGUGCCCGAGUUUGCCUAG